AUGAGUGGAAGAGAUCUGCGUAUGUUCAUCACAAACUACAAAGCCGAAGAUGUGGGGACUGUCAAAAAACUGACUGCGCGACUGAGAAAUGGUCUUGGCAGCUCAAAGUACAAACCAGCUGAAUAUAAAAGACUUCAAGCCAUUGUUGAUGCCAAACGCUUGGAGUCUGAUUUAAUUGGACAAAAGGUUGAGAAAACCCGCUGUGGAGCCAAGGCGAACAAGGAGAGCGCCAUAUUACGGCAGCACAGACAGGUGUGGAGCAGAGAAUGCCCCAGGCUUCAAAAGACUGAGGAUAAGGCUGAGAAUGACAUCCAUGAUUUUUUAGAGCAGAUCAGGCCAAACAGCAUAACAGACACUGGCAUCUUCUCACUUCAAGAUUAUGAGCUGUUCUUAGAGAGGGAGCGGGAGGCAUUCAGGAUAGCCACUGUGCAGCCUGUUCAUCAGCUCAGGGACGACUUGAGCUUCAGACUGAGCGAAGAACAACAUCAGCAACUUACUCUCCAUCCAUCAAACUGGGAACCAGUAAAACAACAGAUAAACUUUGUGAAAGACCAGGAAGAUGAAAUAACUGCAAGGCUUCAAGCAGAGUACCUGACCUUGGAGGAGGAGAUCUCGGCCCUUGGCUUGGAGAAAUAUCUUGUUACUUCGGAUAUGCUGGUGAACACAGAGAGUGUUCCAGAAGAAGUUUUAGAUUCAGACUGCCCCUACCCAGAGCUGAAGGACUCCCUGAUCGAAGCCUUCCACUCCCUGUCAGAGAGGUACCAGAGCCGACUGCAUUGUCUUCAAGAACAACUGCAAAAAACUGAUGGGUUCUGUGGCUGGUGUGCAGAUGACGACCUACACUUCCAGUUCAUAUUGUCCCAAUACGCUCAUGAUGUGCCCAACCGCAGAGUACUCUGCACGGACAUGCUUCAAAGACUCUUUCCUAAGAAAACUAGGCAUGAGCUGAUGGAGCAUGAACGUAUGUGGGACUGGCAGCGCUUCACCCGGGCACAGCUGAGAGUGGUGACCCAGCAGUGGCAGCGGGACCAGGAAGAGCUGCUUGCUAAAGCCCUGGUCACCCUGCAGGAAGCGAGGCAUGCCCACCAGGAGGAGCUGGAGCUCCACAGAGACCGCCAACACCAGCAGGACAUCUGCUCACACCUCAGAGACAAGCUGCAGCAGUGGCGGGCCCAGCAGGAGGAGGUGGUGAAGCUGGAAGCAGCUAUAGCUGCCAGACAACAAGAGGAAGAGGAGGCAAAGUUAAAGAGGGAGCAGGAGAAAGAGACCACCAUCAGGUUACAGCAGAAAGACAAAGUCCGGCAGUUUUAUUUAAAGCAGCAGAAGAGAAAGGAGGUGUUGGAGCAGAGGGAUCAGGAGAGACUCGCUAAUAUAAGGAGGGACAUGGAAGAACAGGCGAGGCGAGAUAAAGAGAGGGUGCAGUUUCGGGCAGAUUUGUUGCAGCAGCGCAUGGAGGAGAGAGAGGCGAAGGAGGCUGAGCGGCUGAGAGAAGAAGAAGAGAGGCAGAAUCGUCUGGACACUCUCAGAAACCAGGUUGGGGUGGUGGCAGAGGUGGACCCAGAGAGGAUGAUGGCAGAUACUGAAGCUUGGAAGAGUCGACACUUGAAUGUAAAAGAGUUUGAGCUCCAAAAGCCCCUCUACAGUAUAAACACAUACACGGACACACAGAUUGUGUCUGAUCCAAGAUUGCGGGUUGAACAGGCUCUGCGCGAGGCUGGUCUGAACAACAGCCAGUACGCCAAAGAGGUCCUCUCUGUUAUCAAGCCCCCCAAACCCCCUCGACGAGACACCAUAUCCAUACUCAAAUUCUGACUGAAGUGUUGCUGGGGAUCACAUUGUCAAGUCCAAGUAACCUUGUCCUGGCAUUGAGCAUUAUAUGGAUUAUAAAAAUACAUUUUACUGAACUGAAUGUUCACAGGUGCAGAGUUACAACAGCAAGUCUGACUCAUAAGGUAGUUUUUCAGCUACAGUAUUGACCACCAAGUGACACAGUACACUAUACAGAUGUUAUUUUUUAUUUUAGGUUCAUACUCUACAGCACCUCAUGAGCAAUGCAGUAUCAUACAGUAUCUGAGUGAUAAUUAUGUAUCUCCAACAAAUGAAAAUGACCUCUCUGUAGGUUCAUCAAUAUUUAUUGACUUCUUAUGUGAGGUUUACAUUACAUAGACAAGCUUAUAUGGCAGAAGCUACUAAAUGUAAUAUAUGUGUCUGAGUAUUUAAUAACACAUUGAUCACUGAAGCACAUUGUGUGAAGAUCCAGAUGAUUAUUAUCUAGAAGUUAUGGACUUGGCCAACAACCAAAAUAUAAUCAAUAGUUCCUUGCUGACAGACAAAAAAGUACCAAACAUUGAAAAGUCAAGUAUUGAAUUCAACAUUUUUCUAACAUUAGUUAGAAAAUGAUUAUUCCCAUACAUAGGUAGCAAACUAUUAAAUAGUAAAACAUAAUACAUACUCUGCAAAUAUAUAUAUAUAUGUGCAACAUACAUAAUAUUUUAGCUUCAUCAAAGGGAUCAUACACAUACACAUCAUUUUUUUAAAUAAGUGUCUAAUGCACAUAUCAACAUGUUAAGUACAGUAUAUACACAUAUCAGUCAAAGCUAUAUACAGUCAUUUGGGAGGUCUGGGGUUG